UGUGUGUGUGUGUGUCCGUCCGUCCGUCCGUCCGUCCGUCCGUCUUCUUUCUGUCUCCAUUCGUCUCUUCCCUCUUUUCUUUCUCCCUUACUUAUCCUUUUGCUUGCUUCCCUGCCUCCAAAUCAGGUCUGAGUAUUCCUCGAGCCAGCAUGUCUCCGGCUUGGAUCUCUCUUCUCUGCCUCGGUGGCUUCUUCCUCCUGCCGGGACCUGUGAGCUGCGAGGGCGCGGCUCCUAUUGCUAUCACAUGCUUUACAAGAGGAAUUGAUAUCAGGAAGGAGAAAGCUGAUGUCCUUUGCCCUGGGGGGUGUCUUCUCCGAGAUUUCUAUGUCUUUGGGAACAUAGUAUAUGCCUCUCUUUCAAGCAUCUGUGGAGCUGCCAUUCACAGAGGGGUAAUCACCAGCUCGGGAGGGGCUGUGCGGGUCUAUGGUCUACCUGGCCGGGAAAACUAUUCUUCAGUAGCUUCUAAUGGCAUCCAGUCUCAAACCCUGACCCGAUGGUCCUCAUCUUUCACAGUAUCCAAAGGCAAAAGUGGAGCUUUGGAAGCCACAGGACGGGCAGUGUCCACAGCACGUCCACCAGCAGGUAAACGACAGAAGAAAACACCUGACAAAAAAGCUGGAAACAAAGAUUGUAAGGCAGAUAUUGCUUUUCUGAUUGAUGGAAGCUUUAAUAUUGGACAACGUAGAUUUAACCUACAGAAGAACUUUGUUGGAAAAGUGGCUCUGAUGUUGGGGAUUGGAACAGAAGGACCACAUGUGGGACUUGUUCAGGCCAGUGAACAUCCCAAAAUUGAAUUUUUUCUGAAGAAUUUUACUUCAGCCAAAGAUGUUUUGUUUGCCAUAAAGGAAGUGGGUUUCAGAGGGGGCAAUUCCAAUACAGGAAAAGCCUUAAAACACACAGCCCAGAAAUUCUUCUCAGCAGACAGUGGAGUGAGAAAAGGCAUUCCAAAGGUGGUGGUGGUCUUCAUUGAUGGCUGGCCCUCUGACGACAUAGAGGAAGCUGGCAUUGUGGCCAGAGAAUUCGGGGUUAAUGUAUUCAUUGUCUCUGUGGCCAAACCUAUACCCGAAGAACUGGGGAUGGUUCAGGAUGUUGGCUUUGUGGACAAGGCGGUCUGUCGGAAUAAUGGUUUCUUCUCCUACCACAUUCCAAGCUGGUUUGGCACCACUAAGUAUGUGAAGCCACUGGUCCAGAAGCUCUGUACCCAUGAGCAGAUGAUGUGUAGCAAGACGUGCUACAAUUCUGUCAACAUCGCUUUCCUGAUUGAUGGCUCCAGUAGUGUAGGAGACAGUAACUUCCGCCUUAUGCUUGAAUUUAUCUCCAAUAUAGCCAAGACCUUUGAGAUCUCUGAUAUUGGUGCCAAGAUUGCUGCUGUGCAGUUCACCUAUGAUCAACGCACAGAGUUCAGUUUUACUGACUAUACCACCAAGGAGAAUGUCCUAGCUGUCAUUAGAAACAUCCGCUAUAUGAGUGGUGGGACAGCCACUGGAGAUGCCAUUUCUUUCACCGUGAGAAAUGUGUUUGGCCCUGUGAGGGAUGGACCCAACAAAAACUUCCUUGUCAUUGUAACUGAUGGGCAGUCCUAUGAUGACGUUAGAGCCCCUGCUGCUGCUGCUCAUAAAGCAGGUAUCACCGUCUACUCUAUUGGUGUGGCUUGGGCACCUUUGGAUGAUCUGAAAGAUAUGGCCUCUGAACCAAAGGAGACUCAUGCCUUCUUCACAAGAGAGUUCUCAGGAUUAGAACAGAUAGCUACUGAUAUAAUUAGAGGCAUUUGUAGAGAUUUCUUGGAAUCACAACAGUAAAAGUGACAUUUUCAUAGCAGAAAGAAAUGCUACAAAGGUCUCUAGUGCUUAUGCUAAUGUCAAUACAUAAAGUACUUGGAUCUACUACAUAAACAUUCUAAAGAUAUCAGUACCUCUCAAAAACUUAAUUGGACAUAUACACUAUACAUUUUACAUUAAUGGCUUUAUGACAGGCAUAAGAUCCAAGAUGAUUUUUGGAAGCACAUUUCUUAUUUGCAAAAAUACUCAUAAUCUUGGUUAGGGAAAAUGAGUUAUCAUUUAAUAUCAAUUGACAACCUUGAAGUUAUCAUAAAUAAAAGGUAACUGCAAAUUGGUCUGAAAGCAGAUAUAUCUCCUCCAAAAAGAAAGAAAAAAAUUAACUCUUAAAUAUGAGAAAUGAAAAGGACACAUUGGAACCUAUUUAUAGAAGUGGUUCUUAGUUCCUUGGAGCUUGCCAAAAUGAUGUCAUAACAGAUAAAAUAGUAUUUUGAUCCAAUUAUGUUCUGCUCAUUUGUAGAUGUUUCUUUAACAUUAUGCACUCAAGAAGGAUCUCUUGGUGUUUUAUUCACUUCUGUACGUGUUCAUUGGAUGUAAAACUAAGGAUUUAUGAAUGGCACGAAAGGAAAUCAUUUAUCAAGCUUUACGUAGUGUAUUUUUGUAAUAACUUAUAACUAGCAACUUAUUACAUUGAAUGUGGGGGGGAGUGCCUUGUAUUUUUCUAUUUAUAUCCUUAAUUUUUUACACGUAUAGAUGAAACUGGCUAGUACUAUAACAAUCUCUAAUGUACAAAAAAAAAAUGACAAGCAAGUUUUAAACUCAUCUUACAUUAUAAACAUUUUGCUUGAAGAUAAUUCGUAGGAAAAAUACAUACACAUUGCAAAUAACUUAGAAUGGAAACCACAGGGAUGAAACAUUACUACUUGGAUGUUUGAGCAAUAAAAAACAAACAAACAAAAAAAAAACGUUUAAUGUCUGUACUAUUCCAAGUUGCCUAACAUUACACUCUUAUUUAUAGGAUUUGAUUAUUACAAU